UUUGUAGACAUAUUGAGGGGCAUCACAUUGUCAUUCAAAUUUUGAAAGUGGUUCGUAUUGGUUCAAUUUAUUGCUGGUGCGUGCGUAGUUUCGUUUGCUAUCAUUUAAAUAAUUUAACAAAGUGAACGGAAAGGACAAUAAUAAUUGUGUUAAAAGAUUGAGUUUUAUUCGUUUGUUGCCGCGAAAGAUAUAACGACAAAGUUACCACAAUGGAUUGUGGCACAUCAACAGCUAAAUAUGUGCUGUUUGCAUUCAACACUGUAGUUGUGAUUAUCGGCCUUUUGGGCAUCGUCUUCGGCGCAUUGAUACUCAACAGCAUCGGUGUGGUCGAGGUGAAUGGCCAAGUCGGUUUCCCGGUACAGGCAAUUUUGCCAAUUCUGCUCAUAACACUCGGUUCAGUUGUGGUCUUCAUUGCAUUCUUGGGCUGUUGUGGCGCCAUACGCGAAUCGGUCUGCAUGACUAUGUGCUAUGCCGUUUUCCUGUUGGUCUUGCUCAUCAUACAGCUAGCCAUUGUUGUGCUACUAUGGGCUAAUAAGGAAAAAUUCAAUGCUGCCAUGGGCGAGGUCAUAGAUAAAGCUUGGGAUGAGCGUAGAAGAGAACCGGCCGUCUUCGAAGCUAUACAACAAUCAUUGAAAUGUUGCGGCAAGAGUGGCAUCACCGAUUAUGUAUUAUCCGUAGAAGCGCCACCCGCAAGCUGCUGUGAGCACAACGAUUGCCUGAACCCAUUAAACAUUUAUGGCGGUUGCCGUAGCAAAUUCCAAGAAUUCAUGUCCUUCAGCACUGACACCGCCAAAUACGUUGGUUUGGGCUUGAUUGUUGUAGAGUUGAUCGGCUUCAUCUUCGCCUGCUGUUUGGCCAAUAAUGUGCGCAACUACAAGCGUCGAAACGCCUACUAAGCGUUCGGAAGGAUCAGCACUACUCCACUCGUACAUGUUCUACAAAACUUUAUUUUCCGCUUCUUGAUGUCGUGACGUCGUCAUAUAACGCACAUUUAAUUCGAAAUACAAAAUAAUCUAUGUAAUAAUGUUUGAAGAGUACCAUUAAUUUCUGUGUAUGUAAGUAUAUUUCAUUUCGUUAUGAGAACAACAUACAAUAUACACGCUGAAUACACACAACUUUUUUAUAUAUGUUUAAAGAAAAUUAAGCUGAUAUGAAGAAUCGAAAACCAAUUGGUAACUAAUUGUAUAUUUUUAAUGAAUUUAAGCAAAAAAAAGUAUAAAAACCAUAAAAUGGAAUUUAAUAUUUAUGUGUAAAAAAAAAACAACAAAAAACCUUACCGAAUAUGCCUAAAGUGAACAAUAUGAGGCCAUGAAUGAAACACUUUAAAUUUACUAUAUAAACGAGGAAGGCAAGAAGAAGAAAAAUAAAGAGUACGAGUAUAAGCAACAAAGAAAUCUCAAGUGAAUUUAAGAUAAGUUCUAUUGUUCCAAUAAUAAAUGUAAACAAUAAAUGUUAUCGACUUGAAUUUUGAACUUUGCGCUCGCGUAAAUAUGCAUUCACAUUUUAUUAAUAUAUGUAUUCUAUUGGAUAUAAAUAAAAGUAUAAAUAUAUAUAUAUAUAUUAUAGAUAUAUAUGUAAAUGUUAGUUACAUUAUCUACAAGUUAUGUUGAAUUAAUGUUUAUAUUAUUUUAUGCCUUUUUAAAUGUUGAAACUAAAGCGAGAAUAAAUACUUGCAAAUUAUUUACCAUAUAUGUACAUAGAUACAUAUAUAUGUUUAAAAAUAUAUAUAUACACACAUUUGCAUUUACGAAUCUAACGAACUAUAAUUUGUUCGUCUGUCCUACAUAUAUAUGUAAUCAUUCACCUUUUGUACCAAUUUUUUUUAAAUCCACUUACCCAAUGUAAUUAUACAAUUUUUUCAACUUGAAAUUCCAUAAAAACACAAAUAUUAAAAUAAAAUAAAAACGACAAAAACCGAAUUGUUAAUUUUUUUUAUAUAUUAUAACUUUUUUCAAAUUUAGUAUAUUAAUUAAAAUGGCAGGCAUACCUAAGCAAAAACGUGCCGCUAGCUUUAGCACCUCUGGUUUUAGCAGUCAAAAGUGAAAGUAAAGCUUCGACAAUAAUUUUUACUUGUAUUUUCACUCAUGUUGUUUUUGUUUUUUUUUGUAAAUACAAUACAAAAAUAAUAUAUGUAAUAUUGUAUAUACGUGCCUAAAACCAAAUACGACGGAAUACUGUGAAACUGCUUUGUUUUGUUUUUGUAAAUAUUUUUGUGAUUUGUUAAAAGAGCUCAAAUUGACUUAAGAGUUUUUUUUUUAUUUUUCUUUUAAUUUUUAUUUUUAUAUUUUAAGACACUUAUUCGAGACUUGAACUUCAGCUAUGCCACCGCCGGAAGUUUAAAGCUGCGUUGAUUUAAUAUGAAGAUUGUGUACCCACUUUUGUUCAAAAUCAGAAAACCUUAAAAAAAGCUUAUGUUGACUUAAGCUUUUUUAACAUAUUGUUGCCACAGAUUUUACUUCAGUUGUUGCAAUCAACCCCUAAACUACAUUAAUUGUGGAUAUUGUAUGCAUGCAAAUGUCACAUUUAUAACUAACAACAACAAUUGUUCACAGCAACAACAACAUGUUGGCAAUAAGGUCAUUCAUUGCCUUGGUGAUGAGAAAGUAAUGCAAGUAUACCAAACAUUUGCAUCGAUUGACCUAAUUUUACCUUUUAAAGUGUAGCUCAACUUUGCUGUUGAAUUUAUUUAUGCUAUAUUGACUGCUAUAUCAUCAUUUCUACGAUUAUCAUUUAGAUUAGACUCCAUCACAGUAUAGGUCGCCAAACAGAUUCUCACAAGCUGUCAAUUGACUUCUUAAACAAAAUCGUCUAAUACUUCUCGAUCUUUAACCGGUCCGUCAAAAAGUAUAUAGACCAUAUUAUGCUAAAUAUAAUCUAAUAACAUUAAGAUGUAUCCUUAAAAACCGGUAAGUAUUAUAUAAAAGUCAUCAAACAAAUAUUCAGCACAUUUGCGUCUUGGCUCCUACGUCACUGAAGUUGUAGAUGAUGUCGUCAACAUUGGUACCUGGUGCUGGUAACACUAACAACGUCAGCAUCGAAUUCCAACGCAGAAUCACUUUUGCCAGCAGCUUUGGACUGAAUAGGCAAUUGGAAAGUCCCCUAUCGAUGAACCAAAUGCAAAUUCUACAAGUCGCUCAUUAUUCCCGUCCGGAUGUAUUGUACAAAAGCGUGGGCGAAGUCAACAUCCGAUGAGACGGCAUAAGGAGUUUUCGAGAGAAAGGUUUUGCGGAAGAUUUGUGGCCCCUAAACAUUGGCAACGGCGAAUACCGCAGACGAUGGAACGAUGAGCUGUAAGAGUAAUACGACGACAAUGGCAUAGUUCAGCGAAUAAAAAGACAGUGGCUACGCUGGCUAGCUCAUGUUGUUCGAAUGGAAAGUGUUCGAUGCAGUAUCCACUGGUAGAAGACUUCCUUUGGAAAGACUAGGUGGAGAUGAACCUGGCAGCACUUGGUAUAUCCAAUUGGCGUUAAAUUGCCUUUUUUGAUUCGGCUAUAAGCGCGUAAGCGGUAGAUAUAUCAACAGUUUAUAAAUAGACGGUAUUCAAACUGACACUAUAGUCAUUCAGAAAUCGAUUUCUAUAUAUUCCUUCAAAACUCUAUACCUAUCUCGUAUAGUUUUAGAUGCUAUAAGAUCUUAUUCACCGUGUCUACCGUUAAAUGAACAAAACUUUUAUAUUCCAUGCAUAAUGCAAUAAAAAUCGAAAUCCAUUAUCGGUAGUUAUCGAUUUAUCGACAAGUCGAUAGUGAGUUCACAUAAUACGCAUAAAGAAAAGUGCUUUUAAACAUUUUAAUUUUUUAAACCGACUUUUUUGUGUUUCUUGCUUGAAGUUAGUCGUGUUUCGACUUUCGGAGUACACGCUUUAUGCAUUUGAGCUUUUUUCGUUCAAAAGCUUCGGUAUAUUCUGUAAUAGAAGCGAAAGCUUUGCGCUGAGAGUGAGUUUCUUGGACAUUGUUUUAACACUCAUACAUAUACAUACAUUCGUAUAAGCAUUUGUCAGACAAGUAAGGUGGACUUGAGUUCUGGCGUAACGAACUUUUUACUGAUUGUUUUGAAAGGGGUGUUUUAAACUUUUUAUUCAUAGUCCAAGAGAAUCUAUGCGAUUUGAGUUUCGGCAGUUUGGAUAAAGCUUUACUAUUAUCACGAUUAAUCGUGUGAUAAUCUCGUUAGAAGAUUGUGAGAUUGAAAAUAAUUACCCAAACGUCUUUAACUCUGAAACUUUAAAUAAACUGGUACAUUUAUGGUCGCUACCCUGUUUUGUUCACCUUAUACAUAUGUAUGUGUGUGUAGAAUUGCCGCCAACUGGUGUUUGAGAGAACAUUUGCCCGCUCUGAGCGCGAAAGUUGCUUAUCUAAUGAGCUAAUCAAAUAAUCAACCAUUUUGCCAGAUGUAAAUUCCCACGGAAGUUGAACCCGGAACUUAACUAUCGGGUGAUGUACUAUUGUUCUGAACAGUAAGUACCAAUAAAAAGUAUGUCUCGUGCAUAUAAAGUCUAUAAUAAAGAAAUGAAAGUUCGCACAGUUUAUGCAGAACAAAACCCAAAACUUCAGACAUACCAUAAAAUGUUGCCAUACCAUAAGCAUAGCAUUUGCUUUUUUAAUGCGAUGGCAACGCUAACGUGCAUUUACUCUCUAAAUAGCUUUUAGCAGCGAUACGAAAAUAUCACACGUCUUUAUUUAGUUUGCGGUUAAAAUUACGCGGCGAAACAACCAACUAAUUUUGUCAGUGGAAAUACUUGAGUUAAAUAAACAAAUUAUUGCGCUGAAUACUGAACAUGGCUGCUUAAUAUAAUUAAUGUGCCAAGCUAAAUGAAAUUCUAGCACAUACAGAGAAUUUAUAAAAAAAGCUAGACCGCAGUGACUUGUUAUUGUUACAGCGGCAUGACUUGCUUACCAAAUAGUUAACGAACAAAUUACAAAUCACAUACUUGUUUUUGUCAGUGAAGGCAGUGUUAACCGGAGUGUAGCAAAGAAGAAGACACACAAGAAGUCAAAACCCGGCUUGAAUGCAAUUCGACCCAUACUUUGUGACAAAAACGACGCGAUAAUUGUGGAGUACUAUUACUUAUGCAACACACUGUAAUUUAAGAAAUCAGGAAAACCGGAGAAUAAUUACAAAUUAAAAGCCAGAGAAGAAAAAAAACAACAAAAACAAAAACACAAUGACCUCAACAUCAACAAUUAAAAAAUUUACAA